UUUGUUUCAGUGGCAGUGGUGGUUGCGUUCUUCAUGUGUGGCGCUCCGUACCACUACCAACGCCUAACUACAAUAUACAGUCAAUCGGAUGAGUACCAGGAGUACCACAGGAAGGUGUUCGUGCUCACGGCGCUGUUUUAUUAUUUGUCGGCCACAAUCAAUCCCGUUCUCUACAAUGUUAUGAGCAAAAGGUAUCGAAAAGCAUUUAAGGAGGUCAUUAGCAAGGCAAGAAGACAACAAAAUGUUCCAAUGACGACCGUAGCCAAGGUGACCAGCAAGAAAUAUAAUACGACUAUCGCAGAUUCUUAUACCGCAGCUUGA